UCAUUGGUAAUAAAUUUCAGUUUGUUUCACUGAGAUGCCAGUUCUUGCUUGUUUCAAUGAGAUAUUGACAACUUUUCUUUUAAUAUAGACACAAAUGAUAGACUCUUUACGGGGCGUCUAAUUUAACUAUCAAUUACUGUCUGUACUUUAACAUUUUUGCCAAUUUCUGCAAUGGAAAGACACUGAGGAAAGAUAUUCUAAAGCUUCAAUUAGCACUUUUGAGGCAGCAAACCUUUGACUUUGUUCACGUCAGACUGUAAAGGAGACUCAAAUAUCCGAAGCUCGUGAAAAUAUUCAGCAAGGGACCUCUCUGGACUCUCAUGACGGAGUAACACGCUCAGUCCGGCUGUAAUCUAAACGUCCGUCCAACUCAAAUAUUUGCUUGUGCAUGCCGAAAUCUAGCUCCCAAUAAGACCCCAUCUCUUCGUGUCGCAGUUGCUUCUGAGAUGUAGCAGAUUCAAGACUUGUUUUCAGUUGAACGUCUUGAAGAUAUAAGACGUAUAUAAUUAUGUUUGGAUUUCUACAUCUUCCUGGAUAUGGCCCGUCGUCCAGGCGACGUCUUCGCAGUGGGAAAGCGUCGUCGGAGAACCACAAGAAACUGCUGAACACACUGAACUCUGAGACUUCCACAUUGUCGGGUGCAUCGCAGCAGAAGAAGAUGACGAACGAAGAAGACGUCUUCACGUUCCAAGACACGGGACAUCCCGACCAUCUUAUGUCGGGACUACAGGAGCUGCGCAAGGAAUGCCGGUUCUCUGACGUCAUCAUCUGUGUGGGGGCCACCGAGUUCCCAUGCCACAGGGUGGUCCUUGCGUCGGCUAGUAGCUACUUUAAGGCGAUGUUCUCCGGAGAACUGCGCGAGAGUCUCGCCACCAAGAUCGUCAUCCACUCCGUGUCUGAGGACAUCAUGGAGCUGCUCCUGGAGUUCUCCUACACCGGCCGAGUGGACAUCACCCAGAAGAACGUUGAAGCGCUUCUGGAGGCGGCUAACCUGUUCCAGUUCGGCACGGUUCGCGAGGCGUGCAGCCGGUACCUCCAGCAGAGGAUAGACGCCAGUAACGUGCUCGGCUUUCACGAGUUCGCAGAGGCGCACAACUGCACCGAGCUGUCCGAACUCGCCAAGGAGUUCGUCAUAGAUAACUUCCUGGAGGUGUUCCAGACUUCCGGGGAAUUUUUACAGGUCACCCAGGAGAGAUUGGUGGAGUACAUCUCUGACGUCAACCUGCAGAUCGACAAGGAGGAGCAGGUGUACGAGUCCGUCAUGCAGUGGGUUCGCGCCGACGUGGACAACAGGCUUAGCAUCUUACACAAGGUGUUGGAGCACGUGCGCCUGCCGUUCAUCAACCCGCGGUACCUGGUAGCUAAGGUGGAGACAGAGCCGCUCAUCCUGUCCUCUCCCGCCUGUAUGGAGCUGGUGCAGGAGGCGCGCCGCUACCACGUCUUCGACUACGACAGAGCAGAUAACCCGAACAUCCGGAUGAAGCCCCGCCCAUGCUUUGACAUCUCGGAGGCGAUGGUAGUGGUGGGCGGGUGCAGUGGAGGGGACACCAAGCUGGCGAAGGUGGACUGUUACGACCCGAAGAACAACGCCUGGCACACACUCUCAGACUUACCGGAAUACAACAGGGAAGGAUAUGCAGUUGUUGCCCUUGGAAACGACAUUUACGUGACAGGAACGACAGACGAGACCAUCACGAGCGACGGCUGUGCCACCACGUGGAAGUACAGUACCCAGUCGGACCGCUGGAUGACCAUGGCGCCCAUGCUGAAGUCGUACAAGUGCCGCGCGACCGUGGUGCUACACGGACAGAUCUACCUACUGGGCGGGACGGACAUCAACGGGCCGGUGGCGGAUGUGGAGAGAUAUGAUCCGUUCUCUAACUCGUGGGAAGAGGUCCAGUCGAUGAUAAAAGCCAUGAAUGACUUCACGGUGGCGGCUUGCAGAGGGAAGCUGUACGUGAACGGCAGGUCCCAGGGAAGUGAGAAGAUCCUGUUCCAAUGUUUCGACCCUUCGACAGACACGUGGAACUUUAUCGACAAUUCCGUCAUGCCUGAAUGGUCCCAAGUACCGCAGUCAAUCACGCUAAACGGGCUGAUAUACUACCUACGGGACGACUCUAAGGAAGUGGAUGCGUACGACCCAAUCGCGAACCAGUGGGUGGAGGUUGCACCGAUGAAAGCUAUGCACUCAAGCGGCAGCGUUUGUGUCAUCGACGGGAAGAUAUUCGUAUCGGGCGGCUUCGGAGAGUUGGCAGAGUCGAACUUGAUCGAGUGUUAUGACCCGACGUACGACAAAUGGGCGUACUCCGGCUCGCUACCGGAGCCCAGGUGUUACCACUGGUGCGUCAGCAUACUCAAGAAGGUAGAACACAAGGACGAAGAGGAAUAGUCAAAGUGGAAGUGUAGCAACACGCCUUACAUAUCCUAUGCAGAACAAACGCUUAGCGGUAAUUCUUUCAGGCUGGUGUCCUGAUGCAACGAUUUUAUAGGAAGAUCUUACAUGCGUAUUAUAUGUGAGUACAAGCUGCACAUAGUAGAUUAUUUGCUUCGUUUUUGCUCACUUAUUUUAUGGCAUUUAGGGCACUGUGUUGUUAAAGCUUAUGAAGGAAAUACUGUAUUGUUGUAUCAUACUUCAUCCUUAAAAUUCCCACAGUAGGUCAUGAAAUAUUUGCUGCAGAUGUGAGUGACCAAGAGAUAGUGACAGAUAAUAGAGAGGAAGUAUCAAACAAAUAAUGGUUAGAAAUGAAAGAUGUUAAGAGAGAGUUACAUGUAAAGGUUGAAGGGGUAGGCGAUUGAAAAGAAAGCAAAGCUGUAAAGGUUCUGUGAUGUUGAAAAGUCAACUCAGAAAGUCUGUAUUUUGGGUUAAUUCGAGUUUAUGACAGAAGAGCAAGAAAUGAGGUCGUCGAAAGGAAGAAGUUUGUGAGAAGACUGAUGUACAAAGUCUGGAAUUAUUGUAAAUCCGCAUGUUGGCUACACCAGGCAGACUUCACAACCAUGUACAAGCUCACAGUGUUUUUACAGUGUGAACAAGUUACAGAAGGUACCUGUGAUUUGGUUAAUAAUAUGGAUACCUGAAGUCUAUCUGGUGUAGUCAUUGCUAAGUUUAUCUGCAUAAAAGAAAUCAUAAUAUUGUGUAUCCAUGUCAUGUAUAGAAGGGAUGUUCAUUUCAUCAUUAAAAUUGUCAAUAACA